CACACACCACACACACGUGAAAAACAUUUAGCUCAAAACAGACAGCUCUCACACAAGAUGGAUAUCACAGAGGUUCCCGUGAGUCAGGACAGUACUGGUAAGAAAAAGAAGAAUAAGAUGAAGAACAAGAGACAGAGUCCGGAGGGAGAUGGAGGAGUCGAGAUGAAGGAGGAGGAGAAGAUGAAGGAGAAGAGCGACCCAGCAGGAGGUUUCUUCCCACCAACCUUCAGUGUGUCCGAAAUCAAGAACAAACAGCGAAGACACCAAAUGUUCAUGAAGUUCAAGCAGGAGAAAAGAAAGCAAAAGUUGCAGGUGAAGAAAACGAAGAAGAAAGAAAGGGAAGCUUUAGGUGACAAGGCGCCGCCAAAAGAAGUCCCAAAGACGAUAGAAAACCAGAGGGUGUACGACGAGACGACAGUUGACCCAGAGGAUGAAGAGAUUGCGUUUGACGAGGGAACUGAUGAAUUUUCUGCCUACUUCAACGGGUUGACGAACCCCAAAGUGCUCAUCACAACAUCAGACAGACCAAGAGGGAGGGCAGUGAGGUUUUGUGAGCAGUUGGCCACAAUAAUCCCAGAUGCCCACGUGUACUACAGAAGAGGUUUGGCCCUGAAGAGGAUCAUUCCUCAGUGCGUCGCCAGGAACUUCACCUACCUGAUGGUCAUCAACGAUGAUCGAAAAGUGCCAAAUGGUUUGGUUCUCUGUCAUCUUCCUGAUGGGCCGACCGCACACUUCAAGAUCAGCAGUGUUCGACUACGCAAGGAGAUGAAGAGACGAGGCAAAGAUCCAACUGAACACUCUCCAGAGGUGAUCCUCAACAACUUCACCACACGUUUGGGUCACAGCAUCGGCCGGAUGUUCGCUGCCCUCUUCCCACAAGACCCUCAGUUUGUGGGUCGACAGGUCGCCACCUUCCACAACCAGAGAGACUUCGUCUUUUUCAGAUUCCACAGGUACAUCUUCAAGAACGAGAAGAAAGUUGGUAUUCAAGAGCUGGGACCUCGCUUCACCCUCAAACUGCGCUCUCUACAGAAAGGCACCUUUGACUCAAAAUUUGGGGAGUACGAGUGGGUCCUGAAGCGCCAUGAGAUGGAUGCCUGCAGACGGAAGUUCCAGCUUUGAAUGCAAAAUAACAACCAGCGUUUGUGAUCAGGCAAGGACGUCCUUGUUUAUUAUAAAAGAUAUUACAGCUGUUUGUGGCUUUGCACAAAUGGACUUUAUAUGUGGAUAUCUAGAUUUUUUUUGGAUGGCCAGUUUCAACUUCAACUUUCAACUUCAAUUGAUGACUGGAUUUUAUGAGAUGAUGUAGAUUCACUUUCUAUGAAGCUGCAUCUGCAGGCCAAGUGUGGAACAGGAGCCAGUAGCUCAUUGCAAGGACUUUUACCCUUUCGGUUAGAGAGGAGACACCAGAGAGGAGACAUGCAGGAACUCCACAUGAAUCCCAAUAAGAUGAAAAUUCUGCCCUACGAGUGCAUGUGAAAGCUGUAUUGGCAGAUGUGCAGUUCUUAUUCUUAAAUUAAUCUCAACAAACUGUUUGAAUGUGGCCUGAAAUUAAUCAGAAAGUCAUUGUGAGCCUGCCAAAGUCACAGCUUGUCAUGCAUGCAGACAUACACCACUUCCAUCCUGGUCUGUGCUAAUGAUAUCGAGAGCAGUGACUUAACAUGCAGCAUUGUCUGGAAAUGUGUAAAUGGUUUAAAUUGUGUCGACAGUGCAGCUGCUUUCAUAUUUGACAUGACUUUCAACAUAAUUCUGGAUGACACAUUUCACAGAUUUCUAAAUGUAAAUACUCAUUUUAAUAAAACAAACAUGUUGCUGCAAGUUUAAAA